AUGGCCGACGUGCUAGACCCCGCCUCCGACGCGCCGCGCGCGCGCCGACCGCCGCCACCUCCCCCGGACAGCCCGGAGGACCGCUCGCCGCAGCUCCCCCCGCCUCCGCCCGUCGGGCCCCCGGCGGCGAGCCGGAAGCGGAGCCGCUCCCCGCCGCCGCCGCCUCCGCCUCCGCUCGGCUCGUCGCGGCCCCAGAGGUACCGGGACCACCGCGGCGGCGGCGGGCGGGGCGGGGGCAGCCCCAGCCCGCCGCCGUACCGGGGCAGCCGCCGCCACUCGCCGCCCAGGAGGUCCCCGUCGCCGCCGUUCAAGCGGUCGCGGAGGGACGACGGGUACGACCGCCGCGGGGGCCGCGGGAGCCCGCCGCGUUACGGGUACGAUGAUAGGAGGCGAGGUUAUGACCAUGAGCGAGGUGGUGGCAGAGGUGGGUAUGAAGAUGACAGGAACCAUGGCAGAUAUCUGAACCGCGCUCCAGAUUGGCCUGAUUCGGGGUAUGGGGCGUCCAGUGAUGGUCCAGGGGUCACCCAAAGGGAAGGUUUGAUGACAUACAAACAGUUCAUGCAAGUUCUUGAGGAUGAUAUUUCACCAAGUGAAGCUGAACGCAGGUACCAAGAAUAUAGAACUGAGUAUAUCACUACUCAGAAACACGCUUAUUUUGAUCUCCACAAGAAUGAAGAUUGGUUGAAAGACAAGUACCACCCAACUAACUUGUUAUCUGUUAUCGAAAGGAGGAAUGAACGUUGUAAGGUUAUAGCAAAGGAUUUCUUUCUUGAUUUGCAGAAUGGAACUCUGGACCUAGGCCCUGGAAUAACUGCGGGUGCAGCAAGUAAACUGGGUGGUAGUGAUGGAAAUUCUGAGGAUGAUAUGGACAGUGACAAGAGAAGAAAGCAUGUCAAAGAUUCCGCAAAAGGAACUGAUUCUCUUUCUGGUGCCCCCAAGGCUCAUCCAGUUAGUUCUGAAUCACGUCGAGUCCAAGCUGACAUUGAGCAGACUCUAGCUCUUGUGCGUAAGCUUGAUGCUGAGAAGGGCAUUGAGGGCAAUGUGCUGUCAAGUGGUGAUCAUGACAAGUCAGACGUAGACAAAUCACACAUUGGAUCUAUGGGGCCUAUAAUUAUAAUCAGAGGUUUAACGACUGUCAAAGGCCUGGAAGGCGUUGAGCUCCUAGACACUAUUCUUACCUAUUUAUGGCGUAUUCAUGGUGUUGAUUACUAUGGCACGUCAGAGUCACAUGAGGCCAAGGGCCUUCGUCAUGUGAGAGUAGACAGUAAGACUUCUAGCACAUCUGAUGUCAGUGCUGGUGAUUGGGAGAAGAAGCUGGAUACUUUCUGUCAGGAAAGACUGAAUGGUCAGGACCCGCUGGUCAUACUUACCGCCAAGGACAAAAUUGAUGCUGCAGCUGCUGAAGUUUUAGAACCUCUUGUCAGGAAAAUCAGGGAUGAGAAGUAUGGAUGGAAAUAUGGCUGUGGAGCCAAGGGCUGUACAAAGCUUUUUCAUGCUCCUGAGUUUGUUCACAAGCAUUUGAGGCUCAAGCAUCCAGACCUUGUAUUAGAGUCAACGUCAAAAGUUCGAGAGGAUCUUUAUUUCCAAAACUACAUGAAUGAUCCUAAUGCACCAGGUGGAACCCCAGUGAUGCAACAGUCUGCACCAGACAGAGGAAGACGGAGACCUAGCAUGGACAAUCGUCUGAAAUUUGACCGUGGCAGUAACAGAGAACAUGAUAAAGCUGAGAGAGAUGGAGGCAGAUAUGGUAGAGGUGAUCACUCUCCAAGCCGUGAUGGGCCUGAUGAUCAGAUGUUUGAUGGUUUCCGUGGACGGCCCUCUAAUGGUCCUUUUGUUGCUGAGUUCCCCCCUCCACCGAUAUUGAUGCCAGUACCUGGUGCUGGUCCCUUGGGACCAUUUGUUCCUGCACCUCCAGAGAUAGCCAUGCAUAUGCUGAGAGAGCAAGGGCCACCUCCUCCGUUUGAACCAAAUGGCCCACCACAUGGCAACACAGGAAUGCCCGGACCAAUGAUGGGUGGCCCAGCACCGAUUAUAGCUAUGCCUCCAAAUUUCCGCCAUGAUCCUCGCCGUCUGAGAAGUUAUAACGACCUCGAUGCCCCUGAUGAGGAAACGGCCUUCUUACCUACUGCCUUGGUCUCAUUUUCUGCCGGCUUCUCCUCCCUUGGUCCUCUGCAGACUGCUGGCGAGGGCUGUCUCUUGAUCUUACUCAGAAAUAUACCAUACAGCAGUAAGGAGAAGGCAAAUACUGUUGCAGGGCUGUCUCUUGAUCUUGCUCAGAAAUAUAGCAUACAGCAGUUACGAGAUAUGGCAGAUGCGCUGUUUGUUGUUCUCAGAAAAGUUGCUCUUUCCCUGGGAGAAGGUGCACUGGUGAAGAUUGGCACGGAUGUCGUCGAGGCAGCGCCGAUCUUGACAGAUUUUGAGCAUGGCAUGAGACAGAUCGAGGGUGAGCUCUUGAUCCUGCAGGCCUUUAUUGGGCAGGUCCGAGUGCAGAAAGCCGGUGACAAGGCAUUUCACGCAUGGCUGGACCAAGUUAGAGAUGUUGCCCAUGAGGUGGAAGAUAUCAUUGAUGAGUAUGCUUACCUUACCACGCAAGCCGUGGAUACAAGCAGCUUCUUCAAGAGAAAGUUCCAUCAGGUGAAGAACUUUGCAGCAUGGCAGAAGCUACUAGUCCGGAUCAGUCAAGUAGAAGCUCGGAUUCAGAGGCUAUCUGAAAUGAGGAAUCGGUAUGGCAUUUCGGUAGGGGAGCAAGACAGGAGUAGCAAGUUGCAGCAAUCCAAUCAAUUCUCUGUGUCAGAUUCUGCUUACCUAACUGAUGACUCUGAAAUAGUAGGGCAUGCCGAGGAAAUUGGGAGACUGACACAAUGGCUACUUGAGGAGAAACAAGACCGAACUCUAAUAGCGAUCUUUGGUAUGGGAGGUCUAGGUAAAACUACUGUUGCAAGCAGUGUCUACAAGAACCAAAAGAUCAGCAGAACUUUUGAUUGUCAUGCAUGGGUUACUGUAUCUCAGACUUACCAAGUUGAAGAGCUUCUGAGAGAAAUCAUGAAUCAGUUAACAGAGCAGAGAGCAAGUUUGGCAAGUGGCUUCAUGACCAUGAGUCGCAUGAGAUUAGUUGAGAUAAUGCAGAGCUAUUUGCGUGACAAAAAAUAUUUCAUUGUCUUGGAUGAUGUAUGGGAGAAAGAUGCUUGGUUAGUUCUGAACUAUGCAUUUGUCAAAAACAAUUGUGGAAGUAAAGUGCUUAUAACAACCCGGAGAAAAGAUGUGUCUUCUUUGGCACUUCACAAUCGUGUAAUUGAACUUAAAACUCUCAACUAUGCUGAAUCAUGGGAACUUUUCUGCAAAAAGGCGUUUUUUGCAUUGGAGGGCAGCAUAUGUCCUAAGAACCUCACAUCUUUGGCGAAGAAAAUUGUUGAUAAGUGUCAAGGAUUGCCAUUGGCUAUCAUAGCCAUCGGAAGUAUUCUAUCAUACCAUGCAUUAGAUGAAUGGGAGUGGGCAUUUUUCUACAACCAACUUAAUUGGCAGUUAGCUAACAAUUCAGAGCUAAGCUGGAUCUCUACUGUCUUGAAUCUAAGCUUGGAUGAUCUCCCAAGUCAUCUGAGGAGCUGCUUUCUAUACUGCAGCCUAUUUCCUGAAGAUCACUGGAUUAAAAGAAAACAGAUAGCCAAGUUAUGGAUUGCGGAAGGUUUUGUGGAAGAGAGAGGGGAUGGGACAACAAUGGAGGAAGUUGCUGAGCAUUACCUUGCAGAGCUAACUCACCGUUCUCUUCUUCAGGUCAUAGAAAGGAAUGCAAGCGGAAGGCCAAGAACAUUUGUUAUGCAUGAUCUUGUGCGGGAAGUAACCUCAAUAACUGCUGAAAAGGAAAAGUUCGCGGUUAUACACGGCCAUGUUGGUACAACCCAAGUUUCUCAUGAUGCACGCCGCUUGUGCAUCCAAAAAAGUGCAGAUUCCCAAAACUAUUUAGCAAAUUCACAUCUCCGAUCAUUCAUUUUGUUUGACAAUCUUGUACCGUCUUCCUGGAUAUAUGAUGUCUCAUCACGUUUCAGACUGCUGAGGGUCUUAGGCCUAAGAUUUACCAAUAUUGAACAAGUGCCGUGCGUGGUCACAGAACUGUAUAACUUGCGUUAUCUGGAUAUGUCGUACACAAAAGUCAAGCAGAUACCGGCAUCAUUCAGAAAACUCGUGCACCUUCAAGUUUUAGAUCUCAGGUUCAGCUAUGUGGAGGAGUUGCCAUUGGAAAUAACUAUGCUAACUAAUUUACGUCAUUUACAUGUUGCUGUAGUUCAUGAUCUUCAAGAAAGAUCACUGAAUUGCUUCAGUGCUACAAAAAUUCCUGGCAAUAUUUGUGGCCUAAAGAAUCUUCAAUCUUUACAUACCGUUUCAGCUAAUAAAGAUCUGGUUUCACAGCUGGGAAAGUUGACUCUUAUGAGAAGCUUGACUAUAAAGAAUGUGCGGCAAAGCUACAUUGCAGAGCUAUGGACCUCCCUGACAAAAAUGCCUAACUUGAGCGUCCUGACUAUUUCUGUGUCUGAUAUGGAUGAGAUUCUUGACUUGAGAAUGCUGAGGCCCUUACCUAACCUUAAGUUCUUCUGGCUGGCAGGAAAGAUGGAGGGAGGCAUGCUCCCACCGAUAUUCAAUAAGUUUGAGAAGCUAACACAGUUAAAAAUGGACUGGUCUGGUCUGAAUAAGGACCCUAUAAGCUCCUUCUCUUACAUGUUAACUCUAGUUGAUCUGUGUCUGUUCGGGGCAUAUUAUGGGGAACAUUUAUCUUUCUGUGCAGGAUGGUUCCCCAAUCUCAAAUCUCUGCAAAUUGCUGAUAUGGAACAUCUGGCUCAAAUUGAGAUAGAGGAUGGAACAAUGAUGGGUCUACAUCAUCUGGAACUUGUUGGUUUAAGGAAUAUGAGGGUAGUACCUAAGGGUAUCAAGUAUAUUAGAACACUCCGUCAGAUGUUUCUGACUGAUAUGCCAAAGGAGUUGGUUGAAAGCCUGCAAGGAAGUGACAGUCACAUUGUUCAGCAUGUUCCUAACAUCCAUAUUUUUGACUCCACUGAUUCCGAAGCAGUAAAUAACUUAAUAUUUUGGCCUCAUCUUGCCAAGAAGUAUGGCUCUGGUGCAACUAAGUAUGACCCAAGAAAAUGA